CCGAACCGCGUAGCUGGGCCGGGCUGGGCCAGGUUGGGCCGACCUGACUGCGUGAGCUGAGCUGGACGCGGGGACCCCGAGCCCCGAUCUGCGCCCGCGCCCGCCAUGCGCUGGCUCCGCGCUCUGCUGAAAAAUGCGUCCCUGGCCGGGGCGCCCAAGUACAUCGAACACUUCAGCAAGUUCUCCCCGUCGCCGCUGUCCAUGAAGCAGUUUCUGGACUUCGGCUCCAGCAAUGCGUGUGAGAAGACCUCCUUCACCUUUCUCCGGCAGGAGCUACCCGUGCGCCUGGCCAACAUCAUGAAAGAGAUCAACUUGCUUCCGGACCGGGUGCUGAGCACACCUUCAGUGCAGCUGGUGCAGAGCUGGUAUGUCCAGAGUCUCCUGGAUAUCAUGGCCUUCCUGGACAAGGACCCGGAGGACCAGCGGACCUUGAACCUGUUCACCGAAGCUCUGGUCACCAUCCGGAACCGCCACAAUGACGUCGUGCCCACCAUGGCCCAGGGUGUGCUGGAGUACAAGGACACGUAUGGCGACGACCCAGUGUCCAACCAGAACAUCCAGUAUUUCCUGGACCGCUUCUACCUCAGCCGCAUUUCCAUCCGCAUGCUCAUCAACCAGCACACCCUCAUCUUUGAUGGCAGCACCAACCCAGCCCACCCCAAGCACAUCGGCAGCAUUGACCCCAACUGCAGCGUCUCUGAUGUGGUGAAAGAUGCCUAUGAUAUGGCCAAGCUCCUGUGUGACAAGUAUUACAUGGCUUCCCCUGACCUGGAGAUCCAAGAGAUCAAUGCCACCAACUCCAAAGAACCGAUCCACAUGGUAUAUGUCCCUUCCCACCUCUACCAUAUGCUUUUUGAGCUCUUUAAGAAUGCCAUGCGGGCCACAGUGGAAAGCCAUGAAUCCAGCCUUGUGUUGCCCCCUAUAAAAGUCAUGGUGGCCUUGGGUGAGGAAGAUCUGUCAAUUAAGAUGAGUGACAGAGGUGGAGGUGUCCCCUUGAGGAAGAUUGAGCGACUCUUCAGCUACAUGUACUCGACUGCACCCACCCCACAGCCAGGCACAGGGGGAACUCCUCUGGCUGGCUUCGGGUAUGGGCUCCCCAUUUCCCGCCUCUAUGCUAAGUACUUCCAGGGGGACCUGCAGCUCUUCUCCAUGGAGGGUUUCGGCACCGACGCUGUCAUCUAUCUCAAGGCCCUGUCCACAGACUCAGUGGAGCGCCUGCCUGUGUACAACAAGUCUGCCUGGCGCCACUACCAGACCAUCCAGGAGGCAGGCGACUGGUGUGUGCCCAGCACGGAGCCCAAGAACACGUCCACCUACCGUGUCAGCUAGGGGCCCACCCUGGCUUCCCGCCGUCACCUUGGGGUCUGCCCCUCUCCAAUGGGGCCUUCUCUCUGAUGUUCAGCCAGUGUCCCUGGGAAUCACCAUGGUGACGGGGUGGGGCCUGAAGUGCCAGUAUCUCUCCAUGGAGGCCCCGAGUCUGUGGGCAUAGCUUGAGGAUUGGGCAGGGCCCCUGAGGAGGCAUCCUGGGACAUGUUUUUGUGGCCAUCCUCUCUGUGCUGUGCUGCCUCUUUUCUCUGGGAUGCCUGGGUCCCCGUCACUGCCCUCCACUGCCCUCACCUUCAAGCAGAUGCCCCUCCCUGCCUUACUUCCUUGCCCCACACAGCACCCCACCCAGGUCUGCUGUCAGUGUUAAGAGGGCAUGGACAUGUUGGGGAGUGGGUGGUGCCCUUAGG